CUCCGCUUCCAGGACCCAGGCACCCCAGGUCCUGCCUCUGGGAUCCAGGGUCCAGGCGCCCGGGAUCUGCGCCACCAGCAACUCGUCCCUGGAAGACCUUCCCGAGCCCAGGACCCCAGGUCCCAGCGUGAGAAACUCUCAUAUUCUCACUCCCAGAGCCAAGAAACCCAGGUGCUCCCAAUUCCCAGCUUUCGGGCUGCGGACCCACCCUGGGGCCUCAGACUCCCCAUCUCCAAUGGCCAGGAACGCGGGCGCCGUGAGCUCACAGUGCCGGGAACCUCAGCGUUCCAGCCCCCCUUCCCCCCCAUGGCUGCUACGCAACUCGCAACUCGCAGCUCUAAGGGACCUCGGCGUCCUAGGCAGGCGCCGCCAGCUCUCCCUGCUUCCAGGCGCUGAGAAGCCCUGGGGCGUUCACUAUGGUGGCCGACCCGCCACAUGGAGACCCCAUAGGGUCUGGGGCGGUGGAGCACACCGCCAAACCGAAACCCAGCAAACCAGGAGCGGUAGGAGGCAGCCCCCCCUCGAACCCGGUGCUCAGCUGCCUCCGCACCAACCUGCUGCUGAUGAUGACCAUGCUGUUCGUGUUGGGGGGCGUGCUGCUGGGGCUGGGGAUGUCCAACGCCGGCGGCGUGACCAUGCUGGGCCCCUCGCGCCUGGCCGCCUUCGCCUUCCCGGGGGAGCUGCUGCUCCGCAUGCUGCGCGUAGUCAUCCUGCCGCUGGUGGUGUGCAGCCUCAUCAGCAGCACCGCCAGCCUGGACCCGGGCUUGCUCGGGCACCUGGGCUGCUGGGCGCUCUUCUUCUUCCUGUUCUCCACGCUGAUCGGGUGUAUCAUUGGCAUCAGCCUGGCGAUGGCUCUGCAGCCCGGCGCCGCCCUCGCCGAGGCCCAAAACGACACGGGUGGGAGUCCCUCCGCCCCACAGGACUCCGGCAAGUCCGUGCUGGAUUCUAUCCUGGAUCUUCUGAGAAAUGUAUUCCCUUCCAACCUGGUGACUGCAACCUUCCGCUCGUACGCGACCUACUACGAAGACGGAGAUUUCUACGGAACCAGGAUGAAGGUGCCUGUGGGGCACCAGGUGGAGGGCCCGAACAUCCUGGGCCUGGUGGUGGUCUCCAUGGCCUUUGGCGUGUGCCUGCGGAAGCUGGGGCGGAACGGAGAGAUACUCAUCCACUUCUUCACCUCCUUCAACCACGCCACCAUGGAGAUGGUGUCCUGGAUCAUGUGGUACACCCCCGUGGGCGUCUUGUUCCUGGUGGCCAGCAAGGUCAUGGAGAUGGAGGACAUAAACAAGCUCUUCACCAGUGUGGGCAAAUACGUCCUGUGCAUCAUGCUGGGCCACGGCAUCCACGGGCUCCUGGUGCUGCCCUUCUUGUACUUCAUCCUCACCAGGAAGAACCCGUACCGCUUCCUGUGGGGCAUCCUGACAGCGCUGGCCAUGGCCUUCGCCACUUCCUCCAGCUCCGCCACUUUGCCGCUGACCAUACAGUGCGUGGAGAGGAACGGCAUCUCUAAAAACAUCUGCAACUUCAUCCUGCCCAUCGGGGCCACUGUCAACAUGGACGGAGCCGCCCUCUUCCAGUGUGUGGCCGCGGUGUUCAUUGCGCAGGCCAACAGGAGGCCCUUGGAUAUAGUGAUGAUCACCACCAUCCUGAUCACGGCCACCGCCUCCAGCGUGGGCACCGCGGGCGUCCCUGCUGGAGGUGUCCUCACUCUGGCCAUCAUCCUUGAGGCAAUUAACCUGCCGGUUGACCUCUCCUUGAUCCUGGCUGUGGACUGGCUAGUGGACCGGACCUGUACGCUCAUCAACGUGGAAGGUGAUGCCUUUGGGGCGGGAAUCCUCCAACAUUUGGUGGAUCGGGGAAAGGCUAGUAGUGGCUCAGUGCCCCAGCUGCUCCAGGUGAAGAGUGACAGCUCUGUGGCUGCAAUGCCGAUCUUCAGACACUAUUCAAGACCAUCUAAGGAUACUGGCAGCUCCAAGAAGAGCUUAGCCAUGUAAGCCCCAGCAGGGACCUUCCCUGCUCUAAUGGGGCACUUUGGAUAUUCAAGUCAUGAGAGAUGGAUCAACGGACAAACUCAUUCUCUAGCAGCCCUGCCCGUAAACUAUGGGGAAACACAGGCCCCAGCCUCCCUUCCCAACCUACCUCUUCCCAACCCCAUAUCUGGGAGGCCUUGCUACUGGGAUAUAUGUGUAUGUGGGUAUGAAUGUCUCCCCAAAUCUCCCUGGUCCUCAACUCCUGCCCCCACCCAAGGUUAGGAAACAGCAAGAUAGAGAAGUAGCAUCCUCCACGCCUUAUCCUGGAAGCCUGCCUGGCUUCCCCAUCUUGGGGCACAGGUCGCCACGUGGAAUUCUGACCUCUUUGACAGCAUGUUCCCACAUGUGCCAGCUCAUUUGCUGGUUAUUUUGGUGGCUGUAGCUGUGUGUGUGUAUGCAUGUGUAUGUGUGUGGGUGUGCUGUGGCUAGAUGGUACGUCCCACCCUGUCCCGGGAACUCUGGGUAGGGGGAGACUGAGGAAAAACACUGCUGUCACUCCAGAGGACAUUUUUUUACCAAUAAAAUU